CGAUGUACGUGACAACUCCUUCAAUUGAACUAACAAGAAAUUCGGCAGAAAAUGCCAUUACAACUGUCACUGUAACUAGCAAAAAUAAAUCAGUCGUGCUGAGAGUAUUAUUAGAAUUUCCAUCGAUAGCAAGACUAAAUGCUGCAGGUACUAUUAAGGCAAUGCAUGCUAAAGUCAUCACACUUGAACUUGCUUGUGCUGCAGUUGAAUCAAAAUUUUGUUCUAAACGACCUUCUUUAAGAAUGGUGAUACCACCAAAGAGAAAACAUGACCCCAACACUACCAAAAUAUUUGAGAGUACAGAUCCAAGCACUGAAGCCUGA